AUGGUCCAAAAUGAAACGCAGUCGGAUUCAAUUCUCAAACAGGUGGCGCUGUACAUACAAUCUGGUUGGCCUUCAAACAAGUCCGAUCUCAGCGACCCUCAGCUGCAACAAUACUACCAGCGUAAAGACAGUCUUUCAGUGGUUUCCAACUGCGUGUUGUACGGAGAACGACACCCCGGCGUGGAGCGUAUGAGGUCGGUGGCACGUAACUAUGUCUAUUGGCCUGGCAUCGACGAGCAGAUCACGCAGCUCGUUCGUUCAUGCACCGAAUGCGCUAAGGCAGCGAAAACCAGCAGUAAAGUAAACCUGGAGAGUUGGCCUUCACCGCAAAAAUCAUGGCAACGUGUACAUGCAGAUUAUGCUGGACCUGUGGAUGACUUCUACUACCUUAUCGUGGUGGAUGCAUUCAGCAAAUGGCCUGAGGUGAUACUAACUAAGCGAAUCACCACUGAAGCAACACUCACCAUGUUCAGAGAAAUUUUUGCAACCCACGGUAUGCCAGAGACGCUGAACGGCAUACUCCAUCUGAAGACACCGCCAUAUCACCCACAAUCCAACGGACUUGCUGAACGCUUCGUAGAUACGUUCAAGAGGACGCUGAAAAAAAUCACAUCGGGGGGAGAGGCCCUCCGCGAAGCAAUAGCAACCUUUUUGCUUUGUUAUCGCUCUACACCGUGUCGAAGCGCACCCCAAGGCAAAUCACCAGGCGAGCUGCUACUGGGUCGGCGACUCCGAACUUCAUUGGAUCUGUUGAAGCCACCCACACCAUUCCACAAAGUUGCAGAUCCCAAGCAGAACGCUCAGUUUAACAAAAAACAUGGUGCAAAACCGAUGAAUUACGACGUCAAAGAACUUGUCUGGGCAAAAGUACAUCGCAAUAACACUUGGUCUUGGGAACCAGGACAAGUAUUGGAAAGAGUCGGUCGAGUGCUAUACAACGUCUGGCUACAGAGUAAACAAAAUCUUAUCAGUACUCACUGCAACCAACUACGUAGGCGAUAUAUAUGUGAACAAACCGAGUUGACUGAGCAGCAGCAGCCAGCGUUAAUCCCACUCAACCUUCUUCUGGACUCGUGUGGGCUUCUACCAGCAGCAGUUCAUGCAGCUGCACCGGAGCCUGAUCCAGAGUCACAACCAUCAUCAUUCGAGAGUCAGCCUCUUGAAUCUCCCGAACCUAGGACAAUUCAUCGAAAUCCUUCCCUCAUCUCAUCAAGAGCUACUCCUCAGCUAGAACCAGUUCAGCCUCGCCAAUCUUCACGACCCAGAAGAAAGCCGGUGAGGUAUGACCUGUAUUACCUUUACUAA